GGAUCAUCCACAAUCUCCUUUAUAUUAAUAGCCAGACCCCCACCCUCUAACCCACUACUGUUUCUCUCUCUCUCUCUCUCUCUCGUUCUCUCUCUCUCUCUAACCAGAAAACCAGGCUAUAUAUACACCAUCUUCAUGGCGGCCUCAAACCCCAAUAGAAGACAAUCCCUUGCCAUGGAGAGAACUGGGCAAUGGAUAUUUUCUCAAGAAAUCCCCAGUGAUGUUAUAGUUGAAGUUGGAGAAGCCAGUUAUUCUCUUCAUAAGUUCAUGCUGGUGGCGAAGAGCAACUACCUCAGAAAGCUGAUAAUUGAAGCACAGGAAAGUGACCUUACCAAAAUUGAUCUCUCAGAUAUUCCCGGAGGCUCCGAGAUUUUCGAGAAGGCGGCGAAGUUCUGCUACGGCGUCAACUUUGAGAUAACAGUUUAUAACGUCGCCGCCCUCCGCUGCGCCGCCGAGUUUCUUCAGAUGACUGAUGACUACUGCGACGGCAACCUCGCCGGCAGGACAGAGGACUUCCUUACUCAGGUUGGACUAUCUAAUCUCUCCGCCGCUGUCGCCGUACUCAAAUCCUGCCGGCAGCUCCUCCCCUUUGCUGACGAAAUCAAACUCCGGAGCCGCUGCAUCGACGCUGUAAGCUCCAAGGCCUGCAGCGAGGCAAGUUUUCCAUGCCGGUCGCCACCAAACUGGUGGACGGAGGAGCUUGCGGGACUCGACGUGGAUUCAUUUGGAAAAGUCAUCGCCGCCAUGAAGCAGCGUGGCGCCAAGACCCUCACCCUCGCCGGUGCGUUGAUAACCUACACAGAACGCGCCCUCCGGGAGCUAGUCCGCGACCAGACCGGCGGACGAAGUGGCGGGGCAGGAGUCCAGUUGUCUGAUCCCGGCGAUUCUUCAGAUUCCGAUUCUAGUUCCAAUUCGAGGACCGAGCAGCGCGAGAUUCUCCAAUCCAUUGUCUCUCUCUUCCCUUCCGAGAAAGCAGCUUUUCCAAUCAACUUCCUCUGCUGCCUCCUCCGUUGCGCAAUCUACCUCUGCGCCUCAAGCUCCUGCAAGCGCGAGCUCGAGAAGCGGAUCUCGGAGAUCCUAGAGCACGUGACCGUCGAUGACCUCCUCGUGCUCUCGUUCACCUACGACGGGGAGAUGCUUCUCGAUCUGGACAGCGUUCGAAGGAUAAUAUCUGGAUUCGUGGAGAAGGAGAAGAGCGAGUCGGUGUUCAGUGCCGGUACAUUCCGAGAAGACUUCUCUGCCGCGAUGCACCGCGUGGCCAAAACCAUCGACGUCUACCUUGCCGAAAUCGCCGCGUACGGCGAUCUCACCAUCUCCAAGUUCAACGGCAUCGCGGUUCUCAUCCCCAAAAACGCGCGAAAAGUCGAUGAUGACAUUUACCGCGCCGUGGAUAUCUACCUCAAGGUGCAUCCGAACCUGGAUGAGAUUGAAAGGGAGAAAGUGUGUAGCGUGAUGGAUCCACUGAAGCUGUCAUACGAAGCACGCGUCCACGCGUCGCAGAACAAGCGUUUGCCGGUACAGAUUGUUCUCCACGCGCUCUACUACGACCAAUUGAAGAUAAGAAGUGGCACAGAGGAGGAUCGGAAAUCAUCCCCGAAAACUGCUUCAGUAACGGCAGCGACGACGAGGAACCAGCAGCUGCAUACUGACGUGUCACUUGUGAGGGAGAACGAGGAGUUGCGAUCGGAGCUGAUGAAGAUGAAGAUGUACAUUUCAGAUAUGCAGAAGAAUGGGCCGGGAACGACAUCUUCUGGGCCUGGGCCCACCAAGAAGCCCACGUUCUUCUCAGCUGUGUCGAAGAAACUGGGCAAGUUGAAUCCGUUUAAGCAGGGCUCUAAGGACACGUCACACAUUGAAGAUAUGUCUGUUGACUUAUCCAAGCCCAGAAGACGAAGGUUCUCUGUUUCGUAAACUUUUUUUUUUUCUUGUAAUUUUGUGCGAUAUGUGUAUUUUAGGUUAAUUUGAUUAUAAUAUCUGUUUGUAAAAUAAUUUACGUAUAGAAUUUGAUUUGUUUUUGUGGA